AUGGGGGAAAAAGUAAUUUCUGUCUUCAUUUUCUUCACAUUGCUUGCUUUAUGUUCAUCAGGCAGCGAGAAGAGAAACCACACAGCAUGCAAGCAGAUGGUCCUCUUCUUCCACGACAUCAUUUACGACGGAACCAAUGGUGGCAAUGCCACGUCGGCAAUAGUGGCAGCUCCAGAAGGUGGUAACUUAACAAAGUUGGGAGGGCAAUUCCACUUUGGAAACAUAGUGGUUUUCGAUGACCCCAUCACAUUGGACAACAACCUUCGCUCCAAACCCGUUGGAAGGGCACAAGGCUUUUACAUUUACGACACCUACAACACUUACACCUCCUGGCUUGGAUUCACCUUCGUUCUUAAUAGCACACACCAUAAGGGAACCAUAACUUUCGCUGGUGCUGACCCCAUCUUGCAGAAUACUAGAGAUAUCUCCGUCAUUGGUGGCACCGGAGAUUUCUUCAUGCAUAGAGGAAUUGCCACCAUUAUGACCGAUGCAUUUGAAGGCCAAAUUUACUUUCGCCUUCGUCUUGAAAUUAAUUUCUACGAGUGUUGGUGAUAUAUAUAGAAUUUAAUAAGUCCCUCCUAAAUAAAGUAAGUAACCAUUAAAUAAAGUAAUCAAGGGGUCCCUUAAUUCUCGACAAAUAUUACUUACUGUUUACUUAUAUCAUGAUUACUAAAACAAAAUUAUGUAAUAAUAAA